AAGAUUUCCAGCCUGUUCAUACCCCGACCCUGCAGGCUCCAUAGCAGCUCCCGGGGGAGAGGCUUAGCACCCUCUUCACCUGCACCCCCGGCCCUGUGUCCUGCCCCCAGGGAGCACAGGGCUGCUCUGUCCCCUAGGCAUCCUCCCCUGCUUAGUCCCCUCUCUGGCCUGGUUCACUGAAGCCCCUGCAGUCAGGUACCCUGGGCCCUGGUGCACAAUGCAUCCUUAGGGCUUAACCCCUUCCUGCCCAUACUGUAGCUGGAAGCAGCUGGGUUACGUCACUGGCCAUCAACAGCCUGGAGAUGUUAGCUGCCUUUCGAUACUGUGUGGACAGGAAGGUACAAGCUGCUUCUAGCCACAUGGGGGAGGUGUAGGGAGAAGAGAUGAGUUCUGCAAAGACAUGGUCCAAAUCAUCCCACUCCCCACCCCCACCCUGUGUCUGGAAGCAGCUCCCAUUCCUUCCCUCCCGCACAGUGACAAAAGGCUGCUACAGGCCCCAUUCUGGGGGGCGGGGGAAUGUGACCCUGAGUGCCCCCCCAUGUGUUGCCUUGGGAAGACGCAGUGCCAGGUACAAGGAGAGGCGGGUCAAUCCUGGGGGCCCAGCCAGGCAUGGAGGGCAGAGAGGCCAGGAAGGUAGGGUUAUAGGAGGGGUAUAGGAGUGUGUGUGUGUGUGUCACUCUCCCCAUAUGAACCCUAAAGUCUUAAAGAUAAGAAAGUAAAUAAAAAGAAUCCAACUACGCAGUAUUUCUUUUUACCAGGGGCUUAGUCAACUUGAUGUUAAUUUGAACUUUUGUACUGCAUAGUUCUGUUUGAUUGCCAUUGAACUUGCCUGAAUACAAGUAAUUUUACCAGUUGUCCCAUAUUCAGCAUAGGGAAAUAUGGUCACCUGACCCAAGUCCUUAAUCUUAUCAAGCUUCUAGGAACUAGAAAAUUACUGCAAAAAAACCCCAAAAUCCUAUGAACAAGAAUAAAAACUUUUCAGAAAAGUUUGGAAAAUACAUCAUCAAGGAGAAGAAGACAGCAGAAGCUCUGACUUGGAUCUUGCGGUGGUAAGAAGCAACUGGAGAUGCAGUCAGUCCACCCCACCCUUUAUUGCCUCAGGCAAGACCACAAGGCAAUGUAAGGGUGCAUACCCUUUGAAAAGCUCCAGGUGCACAGCUUAUGCACAUUACCUUUAGUGAAAUACAACAGGGACCAUCGCUCAAAGAAGAGCCCAGUGUGGUGACUAACGAGGAGACAGGGACACUGACUGCUGCACUCCACUUACAGAGGAGACCUUGGCCUCAUGCCCUGUAGCAAGGCGCCAGAAGCACAGACGCAGCACGUCCAAUGCCUCUGUCUGCACAGGGUCCCUCUCCCACCAGCUCACUAACCCAGUGGAGGACCCUGCAGACAAUUCUACUGCCUCCUGCUGCCUCCUCUAGUUUUGGAAAGAGCUAAGACUACAGUGGUGCUCACAGCCUGGACAAGAUGCAUGGAAUCACACCUGGCCAUCGCCUGUGAAAGCAAGGUCAGAGCCUUGUCAUCCGGGGCCUGGAGCCAUUCUGCUUAGUGCAGGCCAGCUACUCCUAGCAGCUUGUCAUUAAGGGGGGAGUGCUGACACUGAGCUGGUGUGUAGCAAUGGGACAGUCAGCGUGUAGGUCUGCCACCUCGCUACCUUCCCAGUAGCCUGAAAUGGAGCUUACAGCAGGGGAACUGAGCUGAGCGCCGCAACAACACAACUACUGCCAGGUCCCAAAGCAUGGCCACAAGCAUAUACAAAGCUGCCAAUUUCCCCAUCUCCAGGGUGUGGACUCCCAGCCUCAAGGGUUGCACCUGAGUAUGGAACCUGACCCCAGUGCCUCCCCCAAAGGCUGGUGCAGUGUGCAUUGUGGCAUGGUGCCAGCAGCAGGGGGCCUAGCAUUAUUACACACUGCUCCCUUGGCCUCCAGAGCCUGCUCAGUCUAGGGAAUGAGCCUGGGGCCAGAAGCCAAAGAAUUACAACCCCACAGGUCUUCUGGUGGAGGAAGUGUCCCAGUAAAUGUCCAGAGGGACAGAGCGCCUUCUGGUAGGAGGUUCCCAGACACUGCCUGCAAACUGAUCACAGGGCACUGUCCAUGGAUCUGGUGCUGACUAACCCCAUCAGCUUCCAAAGAGCUAGGAACUGCCCUGACCCCAGCCCAGUGCUGGGAUGAUUUAGAGGAAAGCUUCUAGAUAACAAAGCGUCCAUGGGGAUAAGUACACAUCUUCCCUAAUUGUGAGCUCAACUGUGAAAAGUGAGUGAAAGUCUCUCAAGGGUCACACCACCUGUCACAAUAAACACUGAUGGGGAAGGUCCAAAGGGGAGACGGACUGAGUUAAUCCUACAGCUAUAACAACAAGGACUGUGGUAAGUUCAUGCCUGGUGAACAGAGGUGUGGAACCAGAAAUCAGUCCAGCUCAACUCACUUCUCAUUGUUCCCAAAAGGCCCAUUGGUACCAUCUUUAAUAUCACCUAAGAGAUUUCAGACAAGGGGGUUUCCCCUCUAAAACCACUCUCUAGCCAAAGGGAAAGGGAACAUAGGAUGUUGUUACAAUUACUUUCCAUUUCACAUGCAUCAGCUGGUUUUCCCUCUUUUCUGUAUUGUUAAUACAAGAUUACAGAGCUAUUUGCUGGGGUGUUUGCCCUGGGGCUGAGCAGGCUGAGGUCUCUGGAUCCCAAACCUCAGACCUUGUUUAACAGUUUAAUGCUGGACUGGGACUGGGUCACGUUAACACUUUCAUCCCCAUGUAAAUUAAUACAACAGGUCUAGCCUUCACAUUAGGUUGCGCCUCAACCUUGCAAAAUGCAAUCAGACCCAAGGGUCACAUUUUCCAAGCAAUCACAGAACUAUCACCCCUCUGCAGCCACCGGGCCCGAGACAGCUAUCCAUGCUGCAGCCAGGGAGUCUCAGAGCUGCCCUGCAGGAAGCAGCUGUCCUGGGACAGGGGCAGAGCAGCUACCUUUCAAAAGUAAGUGGUUCCAAGUCUGUCCCAUUCCUUGCAACUCCCCUGCAGGUUCUGCUCUCCACCACCAGCUCUGAAGGGAAGGGCUCGGGGCUUAACCUGCUCCCUGUCCAAAAACACUGCCCUUCCCAGCAGGGAUCAAUCAUUCCUGCAAACGUUCACUGCAGCCCCUUGGUCCUGUAUCUUUCAGCCGCCUGAAUCAAUAGGGCAACAGCAAAGGCAGGUGAUGUCAAGCUCCGAACCUUGGCAGCCUCACGCUGGGUCUCCAGGAAGGAUUUACAGAAAGGCUCUGCAGCAGACAGCAGUUAAUGACCCUAGUUCAACUCCCCUCCCCAGAAGUAAAGCCAAAUCACCAGCUGGCAGUGUGCCAGGGAGCACCAGCCAGGACAGACAGGUCCCAACUCGUUUUCAUGGCGAGUGGUGGAUUGCACAGAGCCUGCUCAGCAAGCACAGAAACAUGCCACGCUGCCACCAAGGCAGCUCUCCAAGGCCAGGCAAGUAGCACGCUGGCCUGAUGGGCGGGUAAAUGCUGAGACAGAUUAAGGGGAACCUUUUAAACCCCUCUGAACCAGAAUGGCAUUAAUGCCCCCAUUGCCUGUGACCCACAGGCCCCACCUUAGCAGCUCCAGCCACCCAGUGCUCUUUGGCAAAUGCACCAGGAACAGGUGCUCUGUUUCCUGAGUAGCUGCCUCUGGUCUCCAGCAGGGCCACCUGGGGGAUGGGAUGCUGCCAGCUGGCAAAAGAGGGGCUCAUGGGUAUGGCAGUGAAGCCAGUGCUGGUUCCCAUGUGCAGGGUUAUAUGUGCUGCUCCUCGAUUCCUGGGUGUAGCCAAGGGGGACAGUUCCUGCUCCCCAGCCUCGUAGGCUGGGUGUGCUGGGGCAGCCCACCAAAGGAAAUGCUUUCCCGUCUCUUCCCUGGGGCUCCCAAUGGGACAGGGAUGAAGGAGGGGGCUGGGAAGGACAACUGCAGCAGCCUCCUCGUGAGUGCUGAAAGGCGAUGCUCUCUGCCAGAGCACAGCAUCAGCACAGCGGCUCUGCAGGCAGCUCAAGGUCACAUUCAGGAGACACCGAUACCUCCUCCUGGCCUGGUAUCCUGGCACGGAGUCCUUCACUGGAGUGGCCUUUCCUGCCCAGCCUUCUUCAAUUGGCCAGCUGAUCUGAGCCUGAGCCCAGGGUCACGCUGCUGGGUUUGUGAGAUCCACAGCACAGCCCUGCCAGGGGCUCCGCUAUGGGCACAGCACCUGCAGAUUGCUGCUGCUGCCGCCUGGCCCAUGGACCCAGAAGAUAAUGAAAAGGGGGCAAGUAACCAACCACCCUGCCUGUGGGUGCAGCCUCCACUUGAUGGACACUGGCAGCUCGCAAGCACAACUGCAGCAACACCCUGCUGCAGCACUAAGUGCUGACCCUGCCCAUUCACCCAGAGCGGCAAGCAGCUCCAGACAGACUCCAACUCUUUGGGGCUGGGGCAGUGGAAAGGAUAAGGCACCCUUACCCUCCGUGGUGCUAUGGAGCUGAUCUUGGUUCGCCGGUCCAGGUGACCCCAGAGCACAUGUGCUCAGUUCACAGGCAGCCCUGUACCCUCUGCCCUGGCUCCAAGGCUGGCUCCUAGCAUGUUCCCAUGCCACGCUGCACAUGAGACUGUCAGGGCUGGCACAACAGGACCAUGUAACAUGGCAACCUCUUGCUCUUUGUGGCUCUGCUUCCAGAGGGUGGAGAAGGUGAUGGAGAGGAGGGAAUAGCCCAACAUGGCUCCUGCCAAGGCAGCCAUUACAGGGAUCAUUCUGCAUGGACCCCUUGGCUGACAGGUGCCCAUUGAGGGGCCCAAUCCAUUCAGCAUCCUGCCUGGCCCUGGGAGCACUCUGCCUGUGCAGGGCCCAGAGACUCCACCCAGCCUGCCCAUUGGCCUUGGAGUCCUCUGUCCUAGUGCCACCUAGCCAAGCCCCUUCAGCCCAGCUCACCAGCCCUUGUCCCUCUCCCCUCAGGCCCUGGUGUGAGCAAGCUCUAAGGCAUGCUAUCACCCUCCCUCAGCUGGCCACGGCCAGGUCUUGGCACCCAUCAGAAGAGGGGACAAAGUCACAGGCUGAUCUUAGGUGCUUACACAUCUCACACGGCGGUGGUGCUGCAUGGACACAGCCCUGUGCACAUUCACAGGCUGCUCGGGGUCUGACGACACCCAUGUAACGUAACACAGCAGAACCUUCUGCUAUCCCUUGUGUGGCAGCAAAGCAGACAUCAGGGUGCCCGAGCCUGUGGGCACUGGGGACAGGUGCCUGUGCCCUAUCUUUAGGGCACCUCAGGAGGGCAUGUGUGCAGAGAGCUCCCCGCCAUGCUGACACCCCAAGGGGAAGCUCCCCCUUGCUGUGAGCUAACAGCCCUCACACCUAGGAGCUGCAGCAGCAGCCAAAUUAGCUAUUUGCUGCCCUAAAGGAAACCAGUCACCCAGCCUUGAUUUCCAUGUCUCCAAUAAAGCAGCCCAGUUUGUCAGCAUUGCACUCUUGCACCUGAUGCGCUGCACUGCUUUCGCCUGCCCUAGCCAGCCUCUGCUCACAGCUAGUGCCCGUCACUGCAGAGGGGCAGGGGCACUCACACACAGCACCCUCCUGGCCACCCCCCACGUGCAGGAGAGAGGUAGCCCCAUCACAAGCACUCCCAGCCCACCGGCCCCUUCUGUCCCCUUGCCCCCAGUGCAGAGAGCUGACAGGCAAUGGGAGGUGCCAGGCCGGGCAGCAUGAAAGGACAGGUUCUUCUCCCACCACCUAAUCCAGGAAUGAGCAAGGGAAGCAAGACACACGAUUGACCAAAGAGAGCAGGGGGUAGGUGAUUUAAAAGGCCACAAGCCACACUGGUCUCAUCAAAAUCUGAACUCUAUCGUCUGCAAAUUCAGGUCCAUUUCUCUCUCUCCCCACUCUGCCCUCCAAAACAGGACCCUCCCCUUCCCCACCUCAGACACGCCAACAUGCUUCAAUUCUCUCUCCAGGGACAAGGCGAAUGCCACGGCCCGGGCCCAGCCCUACAGCAGCAAACCACCCUCCACGUGCCAUGGGGAGAAUGAGAAGUGGGAUUUCAGGAGGGAACAAGGGGCUCGCUGUUUGCGGGCCCCAAGCAGCAGAGAGAGGUCUGUUUUGAAAGCCAGGGCUGGAGCUAGGAGAGGGCCCAUGCCCCCAGCACAGACCAAGGCAGGGCGGUUGGAACAGAGCAGGAAGAACACACAAUGCAGGAGGCUGCUCUGUGGAGCAGUCACCAACAAGCUGAUUCAAAGGCCGGGGCUUCCAGUGGCUGCUCACAAUUAGGGUCUGCAGCCGGCCCAAGCCCUUCCUGAGGCAAACUCAGACAUGCAACACACCUCUAUGCUAAUUAGGGGAAACAGCUGCCAAGCCUCCUGCUCUGUUCUGCUGUCCCUGGGGAGGGUGCAGCACAAAGGAUAUCCUGGCUGCUCCCUUGAUCCCAGCAUGCGACAGAGAGCGGCCUAUGCUCAGUAGCCAUGUCUGCCAGAGGACAGCAGUCCCUGCGGCUGGAGGCAGAGUGGGGACUGUUUCAAAACAGCACCAGGGGCCUCACUCACCACAUCAAAGGCACAGGGAGCUGGACUGCAUGCACCAUGUAGGAAACCUCCCCGCCAGCUUUGUCUGGCAUGUAGGCUUCCACAUGACAGACAGCUGGGGCUAGAGGACUAGGCAGAGUGCUGGGGUCUAGUCCUGAGACCACCACAGACAGAGAUUGGGGGUAAGUCACGCCACACCUCCGUGCCUCAGUUUCCCCAUCAGUGAACUGGUGGGGACACUGAAUCCCCUCCCAGGGCGACAGCAGAGCACUGGACUGGCAGUGCCAUUCUGUCCCUCACUCUGCCACUGACUUGCUGUGAACUUGGGCAAGUCCCUUCCCCUUUGGAGUGCCCAUUCCCCAUCCCACUGUUCUUGCAGCGCCUAACACGCGGGGGAGGCACCCCACAGCAAGGAGCAGUGGCCCCUGGGAAUUGGUGAGCACCAAGCAUUGCCUGGGCCCCAAGACUAGCAGCGGAGACUUCCCGUGGCAGUUGGCCGCUCUGCUCCCCACCACUUCCCCUUGGAAAUAAAAUCUCCCGCUGCAGCUUCUGCAAUCGCUCAGUGCUUCGCAACAGCCUUCGCAGGGCUGUGCUGCCCACUAGUGAUACGAUGGGGGAACAACGCGCCAUUCAGAAAUUUCCUCCUUCCUCCACCCCCCCCGACUCCCUCCUACGCGAACCAAUCGGCUUGCCCCUGCCCGCCAGGCGCCGCCCCCAUGCUUGCCGGCUGCUGGUAAAUAGCGGCCGCAGCAGCGGGCGGGCGUGACUCCGCCAGGACUCCGGGAAGGGCUCUGCCAGGGCACGACCCAGCCCCCGCUCACUCCUCGGUUGUUCCGCAGCUGGGCUCCCGGCCGGGGCGUGCCACAGGGCUCAGCCAGGAGGCGAGCACUGACUCAUGGAAACUUUGGGCUCCAGGGACCCCGGCUCAGAGGCAGGGACUCGGAUGUUCUCAGGAGGUGCCAGCAGUCCCGAAGCCAGACCCUGGCCUGCAUCUGCCCCUCUGCCAGGACCCCUAGAGCCAGCCAGGGUCCAUGAGAGGCUGCCCUAAUCCCCAGUGCAGCAGGACAGAGCUGGGCUGUUUUUCUUUAACUCUUUUCAAGCCUUGGACCUUUCCUUGGGACUCGUCUCCUACCUGUGUGUCCUGGACUAUUACAGGAUUGCCUGGCGGCCGAGAACACCCAAAGCUCUCCUUGCAGAGCAGUGCUUCCCGGUUAACUGACGCUGCAGCAUGCUCACUCUAACGGUGCCUGGUGAGCCUUUGCUCAGGCCAGACUUACCCUAGGAUAGUGCCUCUCCAUGCUGCUGGGUGCUCAGCAGGACCUUACGGCCACAUGAUGAAUGCACAGGCAUUGGCCCACACUCUCUGGAAAUGCCUGGGAAAGCUGCUGGUGAUCCUAGAGUUGUCUGUUCUAGGCAACUUCUUAAACACAUCGGCCAUCCCCCACAGAUGCCCCCUUGUCUGCAUAUGUACCUCGGACCUUCUGAGCUGUGCCAAGCAAGGUCUCCAGCAGGUGCCAGUUGCACUUCCGCCCACAGCUACCACCUUAGAUCUCAGCCACAACGCCCUCUUCCAGCUUCACAACCAUUGGCUGGCAGCCCUACCACGCCUCCAGGCCCUCCGCAUCAGUCACAAUCGAAUCAUGGACCUCUCGCCUCAAGCGUUCCACAAUGCCACAGACUUGAGACACCUAGACAUGUCCUCCAAUUACCUGCAUGCCAUCGAGAAGCACUACUUUGAAGCACUGGUGCACCUCGAGGAGCUCCUGCUCUACAACAACUGGAUUGUACAGGUAGAUGAACAAGCCUUCCUCAGGCUAAGCAGCUUGCAGAAGGUCUACCUAAGUUGGAAUAACCUAACCCGAUUCCCCUUCAGCUCCAUGCAGGGGCUUAGCCACCCUAACCUAACGACCCUGGACCUCUCCACCAAUAACCUGAACAGAAUCCCAAUUGAGGAGGUCACAGCCUUGCCUGUGUACAUCAGAAAUGGCUUGUACCUGCACAACAAUCCAGUGAGGUGUGAUUGCUCGCUCUACCAGAUGUUCAAGCAGUGGCAGCAGCGGCACCUCAGCUCAGUGCAGGAUUUCCUAGAGGAACACACAUGUAUGGUGUUUGACAACACGGCACGAUCCUUAGUCAGGUUCCUCAAGUACAACAAGAUCUUUGAGAAUUGCUCCCUGAGCCAGGGCUCACCUGGCACCUCAGACGUGCAUGCCACGGUGCUCGUAGGAGAGACUCUGCUAAUCAACUGCAACACGAGCACGCACGACACAUUUGCCACCUACAUGUGGAUCUCGCCCCGCCACGAGCCCAUCAUGCACCCUGGAAAUAGCAAUCGCACACUUAAAGUUUACCACAAUGGGAGCCUGAAGAUCAUCGCAGCCAAGCCUUGGCACUCUGGGGUGUAUGUGUGCAUGGCUAUUGGCAAGCACCACCAGCUCAACAAGACGCACGAGGUCAACGUGACCAUCCACUAUCCCAUGCUGGAUGGGGAGUCUUUCAGCACCGGCCUCACAACCCUCCUCGGGUGCAUAGUGAGCCUUGUGCUAGUUCUCAUGUACUUGUACCUCACUCCGUGCCACUGCUUCCAGUGCUGCAAGAAAGUCGCUGCUCCUAGCCCUCCCCAGGAAUGCAGCGCUCAAUCCUCCAUCCUGAGUACCACCCCCCCAGCCAGGCCCAGCCGGAAGAUCAGCACCAGCAAGCACGUGGUGUUCCUUGAGCCCAUCAAGGAAGUGCACAAUGGUAAGAUCAGGCUGGCUGCCAACAAGGACGUCACUGACACCAAGAAUCCCAAGCUCCUGCAGCUCAAGUUGGACUCAGAAUCCGUUAGUUCCAUCUUCUCAGACACUCCCAUCACGUCCUAGGAGGUAGGCGGGCUGGGGAGCAGAAAUGGGCGGGGGGAAGCACCAGUCUCCCAGGAGAUGAAAUUGGUGUGUGUUGGGUCGCUAGCAGCCACCGCUGGGGAGGGAGAAAGGGGCACCAUGCUGAGAUGCAAUCUGCCGUGCAGAAGAGCUGCAUUUUCUUGUACUUGUUACUCCUAGAGGGAGGAUUAUGAUGCAUCCUUAUAAGGCUCCAGCUACUUCCAGGCUCCACUGCCACAUUGUAAAACAACCCAGGGGAGAGAGAAGAUAAGAAUAGCCCCCAUGAUUGCAGUCUGAUGGCCUCGGCCUCUCCUCUUCAUUGUGGUUAAAGGCAGGCAGGUCACCCCAAAAACAAAGCUUAGCUUUUAUGAGAUCAAAUGCUCUUUGAAGGAUCACAAGUGACUGCAUCCUGUUCUGCACCACCCAGACAAUAUGGUGUAGCAGAGGGUUCUCCUCACUUUAGAUUGUUGUCAAUGGAACAGGGACAAUUUUUUCCGAGUGCUGUCCAGUGGCUGAUUCAAGAGAAGCCCAUUGGGUAGCUCCUGGCUCUAUUGAGCAGCCUGUCUAGCUAGGACUGCAGCUUUGACCUUCGGGAUGAUGCACAUUGGCUAAUUAACAUCCUUACAGAUUUGUCUUUCCAGAACGCCCUAGCGGUGGCACAAGACUGGGCAACCCUUCUGCCUCCCACCUCUCUCUCACCCCCCCCCCUUCACAUGUCUAACACUGGACGCAGGGAAACAUGCAUGGCUGAGCCCUCCACUUCCAACCAGUCCUAGACUUCCUUGAAUAGUGCACUGCAGGGUUUAGCACUCUCCUGGGCAAGGCUGAGCCCAACUUGACCACUUGCCCUCUAGGCAUGUACAGAGAGCACCGUAAGUGCUGGAGACUGUCAGCUAGACUUUUGCUUGACCUAGCUUAGUGAGUUGUUUGCUUUAAUUACAAAGCCACAUGGCCAGCCCAGUGUACUGGGCUUCUUUACUAGUGAGAACUCUUCUCCAGCCUAUAGUCUCCAAUAGCACUAGGGCACCUGCAUUGCUACACUAGAAUUCUGCUAGCUCAGGACAGUAGCAGCAGCAAACAAGUCAGUACAGACUAUAUGCCCUAGAGAAGGAGAGCAGCAUGCGCCAUCCCCAGAGCACAGGGGUAAGGAGAACAUUCUCCUGGCACAGGCUGAUGCUGCCUACUACAUACAACUAACCCACUGCCAGCUCCUUCAACCAGCUGGCCCUAGAAUUAGGGAAGUGCUGCCUAGUUUGUGUGUGGUCUUAGUGAGGAGGGGAAUUUCACUGGGAUCUUCACUGGACAAAGCCAUUCAGUGAAGUAAACAAUGCAAUUACUCCCCUCCUCUGCUACACACAAGCAGCUGUAAGCAGUUGAGUUCAGAAAUGUAAUAGAUUGUGAUUGCACAUAGUGUGAUAUUAAUGACCCAACCCUGCACUGCUCCAUGCUCCCCCUGUAACAGAAGGAGCAGUUCCUACAUGCACCAUCAUCUCCCUGGGCGCUCUCUCCUUGAGCAGGGCAGACCUGCUGCUAGGCUGUUUAGAUAAUAACCCAAUAGUGUAUCCAGGAUUGGGACUAAAACUCUCUCUCACUUUCUUGCACCAUAAAUUCUCUAGUUACAUUGAAAUAAAAAAUGCCUAUUUUUUUUUUAAACUCAA